AGAUAAUACACACAUGUACACACGUAUAUAUAAGUAUGAACUACCAGCGCACCGCGUAUUAAAACAUGAAUGUCUUUAACGCCGGUCGCCUCAUCAUUCUUCCAGCCUGCCGCACACAAACAAGAUUCCCCACAUCCCCGCACACAUCCCAACGUCCUACUUAAGCCCAGCUGGGCAGCUGAUGAUUUCCCCCCUCUCUCUCCGUGAUCUUCACUAUAUAAUAUAUUCCCUGGUGGAAUAUGUUAUUGUUUGUUUGCGGAUCGGUUUAGCGAAGCUGAAGCGGGCAGUUGGAAGGAAUUACUGGCCCUGGCAUCUAUAUCGCCCUGGUGCGCGAUUAUUUUCCCAGCAAUUGCCAGCAAUCAAGCGCCUUGAUUGCCGGGGACUGCGUGUGUCCGGGGGACCGCCGCAUUCAAUGAUGGUUGUCGCUGGCAGGCAUGCCGUGUGGUGAAUAAUAUUCUGUCCGGAGCCUUGAGUCUUGUGUAUAUAUAAGAUCGCGCCGGGCUCCAAAGAAGAUUGUGUGCUCGCGCAUCCUGGAUCAUCCCGUGUUCCGGUAGUUGGAGUAGGAAGUCACCGCGUUAACGACACACAUAUAUACAUAUUCACACCAUAGCCUGUUCCCCCUCAACGCUCACUCUCGCCAAUUCGCCACCAUUCAGUCAACAAACAGUGCCGGCACCAUGCCCAUACGCCGGGAAUGCGGCAGCCAGCAAUUCCCCUUUAUCGAAGCCAUCAUCCGGAAGUUCGAGAGCCAGAAUCGCGUCUUUGUUAUUUGCAACGCGACAACACCACACGUUCCCAUUAUCUACUCCAGCGACCGCUUCUUUGAAUUUACUGGCUUCAGUCGGCCGGAAGUAAUGAAGAACAAUUACACCAUCCAGUUGCUGCAUGGACCGCGGACGGAUUUGACGAAAAUUAGGCAAAUUGAGGCGGGUGUGCGGCAGGCCGAGGAGGUUCUGGUACAGCUCUGUCUGUAUCGCAAAGACGGAACGGAGAUGCUCUGCAACGUCAUUCUCAUACCGGUGCGCAACGAGACCUCCGUUGUGGUGCUGUACAUACUCAACUUCGAAGAUGUUACAGCGGGAAAAGAUCCCAAAGACACCCCAUCAAACCCCAUUCCUAGCUCAAGCAAGACAAAGAACGACAAUCGCUCACGUACAUCCAGAUAAUUAUCAUGUCAUACGCAUAACAUAAUUAAUUUUUAUUCCCUUCGGACUGCGCCACGAUUCCGCUGGUGUACAGUCCCUACUGUAACCAUUUUCCGGCAUAAUCCAAUCAGUAUUAUUCAAUGAAUUCAAAAUCUUGUUGUACGAGUUUUCUAGACAUUCUGUUUUUCGGGUUUUCGUUGUGACAGAUCUGCCACUGUUUUUGCAAAACUAGAUAUCUAUAUACAUUGCUGCAAAAAUAUAAUACCUGUAUGUACAACUUUAUUUAGUCAAUGGAUUCAAAAUCGUGUUGUACGACUUUUCUAGGCAUUCUGUUUUUUCGAGUUUCCGCUGCGACAGUAAUGCCAUGUUUCUGCGAGACUACAUAUACACUGCUGCAAAAUAAAUGUACAACUUUG